CACUUGGCCACUUCCCUGCUGCCACCACCUCUGCUGCACCUCCCCCAGGCACUGGGACCUCAGGUGGCCACCUGCCCCUGAGGCUGCACCUGUGAGAAGGCCCAGCAUCCUCUCCUCCCAGUGCAACAGGCAGGAUGGGCGACAUGGCCAACAGUUCUAUCGAGUUCCACCCCAAGCCCCAGCAGCGGGAGGCCCCCCAUGCAGGAGGCUUUGGGUGCACACUGGCUGAACUGCGCUCCCUCAUGGAGCUCCGAGGGGCCGAAGCACUGCAGAAGGUCCAAGAAGCUUAUGGGGAUGUCAGCGGGCUCUGUAGGAGGCUGAAGACCUCGCCCACAGAGGGCCUGGCUGACAAUGCCAGUGACUUGGAGAAGCGCAGGCAGAUCUAUGGGCAGAACUUCAUCCCACCCAAGCAGCCCAAGACCUUCCUGCAGCUGGUGUGGGAGGCCCUACAAGACGUAACCCUCAUCAUUCUGGAGGUGGCUGCCAUCGUCUCCCUGGGUCUGUCGUUCUACGCACCACCAGGCGAGGAGAGUGAAGCAUGCGGGAAUGUGUCAGCUGGGGCAGAAGAUGAAGGAGAGGCCGAGGCUGGCUGGAUCGAGGGAGCAGCCAUCUUGCUGUCUGUCAUCUGUGUGGUAUUGGUCACGGCCUUCAAUGACUGGAGCAAGGAGAAGCAGUUCCGAGGCCUGCAGAGCCGUAUAGAGCAAGAACAGAAGUUCACAGUCAUCCGGAAUGGGCAGCUCCUCCAGGUCCCCGUGGCUGCACUGGUGGUAGGGGACAUCGCCCAGGUCAAGUAUGGAGACCUGCUGCCUGCCGAUGGCGUGCUCAUCCAGGGCAACGACCUCAAAAUCGAUGAGAGCUCCCUGACAGGAGAAUCAGACCACGUGCGCAAAUCAGCCGACAAAGACCCCAUGCUGCUCUCAGGCACUCAUGUCAUGGAAGGUUCUGGAAGAAUGGUGGUGACAGCUGUGGGUGUGAACUCCCAGACAGGCAUCAUCUUUACCUUGCUUGGAGCAGGUGGAGAGGAGGAGGAGAAGAAGGAUAAGAAAGGCAAGCAGCAAGAUGGAGCGAUGGAGAGUAGCCAGACCAAAGCUAAGAAGCAGGAUGGGGCAGUUGCCAUGGAAAUGCAGCCCCUGAAGAGUGCAGAGGGCGGGGAGAUGGAGGAGCGGGAAAAGAAGAAAGCCAACGUGCCCAAGAAGGAGAAGUCGGUCCUGCAGGGCAAGCUCACCAAACUGGCUGUGCAGAUCGGGAAAGCAGGGCUAGUGAUGUCUGCCAUCACCGUCAUUAUCCUGGUCCUCUACUUUGUGAUUGAUACCUUCGUUGUGGAGGGCCGGGUGUGGCUGGCAGAGUGCACACCGGUCUAUGUGCAGUACUUCGUGAAGUUCUUCAUCAUCGGUGUCACUGUGCUGGUUGUGGCUGUCCCGGAGGGCCUGCCUCUUGCUGUCACCAUCUCCUUAGCUUACUCUGUCAAGAAAAUGAUGAAGGACAACAACCUGGUCAGACACCUGGAUGCCUGUGAGACGAUGGGCAAUGCCACAGCCAUCUGCUCAGACAAGACGGGCACACUCACCACCAACCGUAUGACCGUGGUCCAGUCCUACCUCGGGGACACCCACUACAAAGAGAUUCCGGCCCCCAGCGCCCUGACCCCCAAGAUACUCGACCUCCUGGUCCACGCCAUCUCCAUCAACAGUGCCUACACCACCAAAAUACUACCUCCAGAGAAGGAAGGUGCCCUCCCACGCCAAGUGGGCAACAAGACAGAAUGCGCUCUGCUGGGCUUCAUCCUGGACCUGAAGCGGGACUUCCAGCCUGUGCGGGAACAGAUUCCAGAAGAUAAGCUUUACAAAGUAUACACCUUCAACUCAGUCCGCAAGUCCAUGAGCACAGUCAUCCGCAUGCCCGAUGGUGGUUUUCGCCUCUUCAGCAAGGGUGCUUCAGAGAUCCUGCUGAAAAAGUGCACCAACAUCUUAAACAGCAAUGGUGAACUGCGAGGCUUCCGCCCUCGGGACCGGGACGACAUGGUGAAGAAGAUCAUCGAGCCAAUGGCUUGCGAUGGUCUCCGCACUAUCUGCAUUGCCUACCGGGACUUCUCUGCCACCCAGGAGCCUGACUGGGACAAUGAAAAUGAAGUUGUGGGUGAUCUCACCUGCAUAGCCGUCGUGGGCAUCGAGGACCCUGUGCGGCCUGAGGUCCCUGAAGCUAUCCGAAAAUGCCAGCGUGCUGGCAUUACAGUCCGAAUGGUGACCGGGGACAACAUCAACACCGCUCGGGCCAUUGCAGCCAAGUGUGGCAUCAUCCAGCCUGGGGAGGACUUCCUGUGUCUGGAGGGGAAGGAGUUCAACAGGAGGAUCCGCAAUGAGAAAGGCGAGAUAGAACAGGAGCGUCUGGACAAGGUGUGGCCCAAGCUGAGGGUCCUGGCACGAUCGUCUCCCACAGACAAGCACACUCUAGUCAAAGGGAUCAUUGACAGCACCACUGGCGAGCAGCGGCAGGUGGUGGCCGUGACUGGGGAUGGCACGAAUGAUGGGCCAGCCCUCAAAAAGGCAGAUGUGGGCUUCGCCAUGGGCAUUGCAGGCACAGACGUGGCCAAGGAGGCCUCGGACAUCAUCCUGACUGAUGACAACUUCACCAGCAUCGUCAAGGCAGUCAUGUGGGGCCGCAACGUCUAUGACAGCAUCUCCAAGUUCCUGCAAUUCCAGCUGACGGUCAAUGUGGUGGCUGUGAUCGUGGCCUUCACAGGCGCCUGCAUUACUCAGGACUCUCCUCUCAAAGCCGUGCAGAUGUUGUGGGUGAACUUGAUUAUGGACACAUUUGCCUCUCUGGCCCUGGCGACAGAGCCACCCACUGAGUCGCUGCUGCUGCGGAAGCCAUAUGGCCGAGACAAGCCCCUGAUCUCCCGAACCAUGAUGAAGAACAUCCUAGGCCAUGCGGUCUAUCAGCUCACAAUCAUCUUCACACUGCUGUUCGUGGGAGAGCUUUUCUUCGACAUCGACAGUGGGAGGAAUGCGCCCUUGCAUUCACCACCCUCGGAGCACUACACCAUCAUCUUCAACACCUUCGUCAUGAUGCAGCUUUUCAAUGAGAUCAAUGCCCGAAAGAUCCAUGGCGAGCGCAAUGUCUUCCAUGGCAUCUUUGGCAACCCCAUCUUCUGCACCAUCGUCCUCGGCACCUUUGCAAUCCAGAUUGUCAUCGUCCAGUUUGGUGGAAAACCAUUCAGCUGCUCCCCCCUGUCCACGGAGCAGUGGCUCUGGUGCCUGUUUGUUGGCGUUGGGGAGCUGGUCUGGGGACAGGUCAUCGCCACCAUUCCCACCAGCCAGCUCAAGUGCCUGAAGGAAGCAGGGCAUGGGCCCGGGAAGGACGAGAUGACCGACGAGGAGCUGGCCGAGGGGGAAGAAGAGAUUGACCAUGCCGAGCGGGAGCUCCGCAGAGGCCAGAUCCUCUGGUUCCGGGGACUCAACCGGAUCCAGACACAGAUGGAGGUAGUGAGUACCUUCAAGAGAAGCGGUUCAUUUCAGGGUGCCGUGCGCCGGCGGUCUUCAGUCCUCAGCCAGCUCCAUGACAUCCGAGUGGUGAAAGCAUUCCGUAGCUCACUCUAUGAAGGCCUGGAGAAACCGGAAUCCAAGACUUCCAUCCAUAACUUCAUGGCAACGCCCGAAUUUCUGAUCAAUGACUACACCCACAACAUCCCGCUCAUAGAUGAUACGGACGUGGAUGAGAACGAGGAGCGCCUGCGUGCCCCCCCACCCCCAUCCCCUAAUCAGAACAACAACGCCAUAGACAGCGGCAUCUACCUGACCACGCAUGGCACCAAGUCAGCUACCUCGUCAGUGUUUUCUUCCAGACCCGGGAGUCCACUCCACAGCGUGGAGACAUCCCUCUAAGCAUAACUGCUCUCCGCACGCGCACCCCUGCACACAUGGGCACCCAGGCAGGACGCACAAGCCUGCAAGGAGGGCACAGCCAAGGCAGUUGAAGAUGUUGCUCACACAGCACUUGCAAGAAGCCAAUCCAUUCAAGGCUUCUUACCUAGGACCAAGGAAAUGGAGGAGGAGGAAGGAAAAACAAGAGAACAAGAAGAGCUGUGUCCCCCCCUUUUUUUCUAUCAAAGCUUUUUUUUAGUGAACACUACAAUGCCACCAGAUGUUUGUCAUUUGGGCUGUGUUGUGGGGAAGGCUGUUGGUUUUGGUUUAUUGGGAACUUCGUUGCACCCACUGGACAGCAAUUAGAUAAACAGAUUCAUACAAAAGGAAAACAGGCCAAGCACUGCUUUGCAGGGCUGGGAAGGAUGCUCCUAACCAGACAGCCCACCGGAGGGAGCCGCCUGCAAACUUACUGGAACUGCCAAGCACCCCAUCCCCAGGACACAUGUGCAGUCUGUGUGUGUGUGUGUGUGUGUGUGUGUGCGUAUAGACAUAUACGUACAUAUAUUACCAUAUACAUAUUUAAAGAAUAAGGAACUAUUUAUUGGCAUGAA